AUGGCUAAACAGCGCGUAUUAAUAAUAGGGCACUCCUUUUUUCAUCGUCUUAAGGCGUUUGUGCAGAAAAAGAGGCACAUGCAGGCUUUUAGCAGCCUUAGGGGUAUGGCAGAUAUUUAUUUUCAUGGAGUUGGCGGCCGCACGAUAGCAAAAUUUCGUAAAUUCGACUUUAAUGUGGUGCGCCAACUGGUCCCAGAUGUGAUUAUUUUGGAGCUCGGCUCCAACGAUUUGGUGGAGCUCUCGCCGCAGACAGUGGGUUCAGAACUGGAAAGUUUAGUUCGGGAACUGUACGAGAUUGACUCUGUUCAAUUUGUUGUCGUGGGGCAAGUUCUCCGUAGGCAUACACCGAACUCGGUCGAGUAUAAUUGUAAGGUAGGCAAGCUUCACCAAUAUCUUAAGGUUGUCCUAGAGCCGUUGCCUUUUUGUUAUUACUGGCGGCAUAGAGGUUUCUGGAAAUCCAAAAGCGAACUCUUCUUACCCGAUGGAGUCCAUCUUAACAAUUUAGGUAACUAUAAAUUUAUGCGCAGCAUUCGAGGGGCGGUUUUGCAGGCCUUAAAGUUAGUGGGUGCGUCCAUAGUUUAGUCAAUGCUGUGCCCUGUAGUGGCCAGUUCGAUAUUUAAAUGGCGAUGUUAUAAUACAUUUAUGAGAUGCUGUGUCACAUGUACAUUUACAACUUUGCAGGCUAUAUCAUAUGUCAUCAGGCAUUUUAAAUGCAUUCUUGUGGCAUGUUUUGUACUUGACAUUUAUGGCUAUUUUGGUGUGUUACUCUCCUGGCGGCUAUUGUUUACUACAUUAGUGUGCCCAACUCACUAAAGCCAUUAUAGGACAAAUGUCCUUUUUACAAUGUCUCGGAUUAUUUUUUGUCAUUAUGUUGCCUGCUCUUGAUUUGCACUUGACAUUCUUUGGCUUCCGUUUUUUACUUGGAGCCUCGUUGGAGCGUGUUUAGCCCAACUCUCGUACGCCAUUGUGGAAUGUCUCGGAUGUCUUUUUCGUCACUUAGACGCGUUUCCGUUUCAAUUUACAAUCGCCAUGGGCUCAAUGAAAGCCCGCCAAAAACCAAGGAACACACCCACUAAGUUUGAGGGUAUCACAAGAUUUUUAAUUUUUGUUGGAGUAAUAUAGUGUACAUUUUUCAUAAGAAUGCCUCCUAAACGAGCAUCAAAGCGCCAGGCAGCAAAAAGACCAGCCCCUGCAGUCGCACCAAAACAACACCGGGCAGAAAGUCGCCCUAAUUCCACGGCCCUGCCGGAGAGCUCAGCACAGCCACCGGAGUCCUCCUCGCAAUUAAGCCCCACCGAGCUUGGGGCAAUAAUUUCCCAAGCUAUCUCGGGCGCGUUGCAGUCAGUCGGCAUCGUCCAAACAAACCUUGCUCCCGCGGAAAGGAAUUCAAGAACGAACACCCAGCCCACGCCCCAGCCCACCGUGGUUGAGGACGCCACAUCAAAGGAAAUCGAGGCAUUGACGAACACCGUGGCUGCUGGUAGGCUAACCUUUCCGACUGAGAAACCAGAAGAAACGUUUUCGAGCGUCACUUUCGACCUCGAAUCUCGGGUCUCAGAUCGUGUCAAGGCAAAGAUUUGGGCGAACGAAUAUGUAGAUUUUGGGUCACUCCUCACGGUGUCCCCGGACGAGUCAAAGUAUCGUAUAUCUGUCACGGAUGAUCACGAUCACCCUAGUCUUUGCCUUGAGCACGUUAAAACAAAGCGGCGUAGCUUAACUAUCGACCAAUGGCUGACCGCGUUUAAUGUAUUCGUAGCUGUUUAUACAAUUAAGACUCCUAGUGCGAUAAGCUCCCUAAUGAAGUAUUGUGAGGUGGUUCGGGACAUCGCAGCAAAGCAAGGUAAUUGGCGUUAUUAUGACGAACAAUUCCGCUUUCUUCGUCAAUCAAAACCGGACAGAUACCCUUGGGACAACGUAGCUUGGGAAUUGUGGCAUCAGGCCUUACAUAGCUCCCUUACCACCUCUCGGCCAAACUCUAACAAUGAUUUUCGAACCCGUCGGCCCAACCAGCGUCCCUUUCAGUCUUUUCCCAAGGGAGUGUGUUGGCGGUUUCAUGCCGGUCAAUUCUGCAGGGGAUGCAAUUUCAAACACUCCUGCUUCAAAUGCGGAUCUGUCCACCCAGCGUCCCAAUGUACCGCUACCAGAUCUAACACAAACAACCGUCCAGCACCAAACCUGCCCUCCGGGAGUGACAGUCAGGGACGAGCUUCUGUUGAGCCGCGGGCCAACCCCGGUAAAGCCCGUCCAACUCGCGUUUUACCUUAG